UUCUAACGUCUCAACGUCCCGUCUGAAAACCGCGAUGACGCGAAAAAGUGGUUUUUUAGUUGGUGGUUUUGGGAUUAUUUCCUGAAAACAAAGUGCUAUGAUUUAUCUUUUUUUUUUUUUUAAUUGAAAAUUGAUCAUCUUUCCUUUUUUAACUUGGUGUUGUUAUUCUCAUUAAAAAAUAUAUCUAGAAAUUUUAUCUGUAAGAAGAUCAAUUUGAGCAUAUUCCGUGGAACCUAAUGGUUUGUGUCAACUUUCAAUCGAUCAAGAUCAUUUGUUUCGGUUGAUGUUGACCAAGCCAUAUUUCCUGACUUCUGCAUCGAAAAUUUGGUUCUGAGGGCAUUCUUUUUGGGAUUCUUGUGUAUGGAAUUGUCCGAAUGCUGUAGUGAAGUCAACAUGAUGGGUGCGCUUUAAACGAUUGUAGUUUCUUGAUGUAUAAGCAAAGAACAAUGCGGUUGAGAUUCAGACUGGUCCUGUUAGUUUUGCUGUUCUCUUUAGUGUUAUUUGGAUGUGUUGCAGCAGAGUUUGAGAGUGGAAAUUCACAGAGGGUAAGAGCUGCUCCUCGCAGAAAUGUUGAAGACAAUGUUAUAGAUGGAACUGGUGUUGAGAAUACUUUAAGUUUUGAUGACACUGAUAGUGGACUGGGUGAGAGAAAGGGUAGUCACAACAGAGUCUCGAUUUCUACUGUGGCUUUAUUUACUCUGGCAAUGGCUGCUGCCACUGGUUUAGGUGCAGUCCCAUUCUUCUUUGUGGAGCUUGAUCCUCAAUGGGCCGGAAUAUGCAAUGGAAUGGCUUCUGGUGUGAUGUUAGCUGCAAGCUUUGACUUAAUACAGGAGGGACAGGUCCACGGCGCAGGCAAUUGGGUUGUGAUUGGGAUUUUAUCUGGUGGCAUAUUCAUUUUACUUUGUAAAAAGUUUCUUGAGCGAUAUGGCGAAGUAAGUAUGUUGGACAUAAAAGGCGCAGAUGCAACUAAAGUAGUUCUUGUCAUUGGAAUCAUGACUCUUCAUUCAUUUGGAGAGGGUUCUGGUGUUGGAGUUUCCUUUGCUGGAUCAAAAGGGUUUUCGCAAGGCCUUUUAGUAACUUUGGCUAUUGCUGUGCACAAUAUACCUGAGGGGUUAGCUGUGAGUAUGGUACUUGCUUCUCGGGGUGUUUCUCCACAAAAUGCAAUGUUAUGGAGUAUAAUUACAUCCUUACCUCAGCCUAUUGUAGCAGUCCCAUCAUUUAUAUGUGCUGAUGCCUUUAACAAAUUCCUGCCAUUUUGUACUGGCUUUGCUGCUGGAUGUAUGAUCUGGAUGGUUGUCGCUGAGGUACUCCCUGAUGCAUUCAAGGAAGCAUCUCCGUCUCCAGUGGCCUCGGCAGCUACACUUUCUGUAGCUUUUAUGGAAGCUCUUAGCACUUUGUUUCAGAAUGUCAGCCAUGAUUACAAUUCACAGGAUGCUUCUGGCUUUUUUGUUUCGUUGCUUUUUGGUCUUGGCCCAUUGCUAGGUGGGAUGGUUCUUGUUUCUUUCGCUCUUGCUUUCCACCUUCAGCAUGCCCUUCUCAUGGGGACAGCCUCAGGCAUUGCCUUUGUCCUUGGUGGUUGGAGGCCACUGCAGCUACUUUUCACUGCAAAGAUGGGAUUUAUUCCCCUUGUUACUCUGCUUUCAGCAGGAGCUGCAUUUGUCCAUCUAUUGAGCUCCAGUGUAUUAAAACUAGCUCGUCAGAAGAGAAGUUCUGCAGUUACCUUGCCUACUGCAGCUAGUUUUCCAGUGAGUGUUCUUACCCUUCAGUCAUUCUUAUCAUGUGGAGCAGUGGCCAUCCAUGCCUUGGCUGAGGGACUUGCACUAGGAGUAGCUGCACCUAAGGCAUAUGGACUUGGUCAGCACAUGGUCCUUCCUGUUUCCCUACAUGGGCUCCCUCGAGGUGCAGCUGUGGCAAGCUGUAUAUUAGGGGCUACUGAUAGCUGGUCUGCCUCCCUUGCAGCGGCUGCUUUGAUUGGUUUCAUGGGUCCAUCAUCUGCCAUUGGAGCCAUACUUGCAGGAAUUGACUACAGUGGCCUAGACCAUGUGAUGGUUUUUGCAUGUGGGGGAUUACUCCCCAGCUUCAUAAGAACAGCACAGAGAUCUGUGAGUUUAGACAUGCGGAAAAGCGGUGGUGGGCUUGUCAUAGGAGUUGGAUUUGCUACUCUGUGUUUAACAUGCACCAAGCUGGUUUGCUUGCACACCCCUUACUGUAAUUCUGCUCCAGAGGCUGUUAGAUGAGGUGAUCUUUGCUAAAGCUCCUUGAUAUGUAAUUGUUGAGAUCCUCAUGGAUAAGGUUGGUAGCCAUGCAUUCUUUUGGGAUACAAGUUAGGCAACUGGUUGAGAUUGAGCUUAUUCAUAAAAUUUGUACAUCUGACCUUAUGGAGAAGAGAAUGAUUAUACAGGAAGUUGACGGUGGCUUUUCAUUCUAUCUAGAUGAGCUGCAAAUUGUACUUAAGUUUUCCUUAUUUGUUGUUUAGAAUGGGAAUCCCAAGUCUGGUGAGAUGAAUUUCAUCCACUCACCUCCUUAGAGCCAA